GAAGAAACGCACAGAAAACACCCAAAAUUGUAAUGCUCUUUAACCGGACACAAUGAAUAUUCAAUAGAUUAGAAAAACUAAAACGAGUAGAUAACUCUGAAGCCUGAUUUUCCCAUACAAUGCAAGCGACAUGGCCAGAUAUAGCCAUCUACUAUCCAAUACCGGACUACUGCAAAAAUGUUGAGGCGCAAUGUUAAUAAUAAAGAAAGAAUAAACGGAAAUGCUGACAUUAAAACAUCGAACAAUAUUACAAAGGCUCAAAGUAAUUUAAGAAAUAUUAAUGCUGAAUUACAAAAUGCGACAAAGUAUUCAACACAUCGUUUAUGGACGCGUGCUGUGAUUGCUACUUCUUUGAUGGUAGUUGUUUAUUUUUAUUCUCAGCAGCGCCAUUCUAAAGAAACGAAAUUCGCCUUAGCUAAAGAGAAACUGCCACUGCGGAUAGAAAAAUUCGAAUGUUCAAAUGGUUACAAAGCGGAGAUAAGUCGAUAUCCAAAUUGUGUACCAAAAAAAUGUGGUCGUUUCGUCAGUGAUCAGCUGGUAGAGCAUGAUGAAGUUGAAGUACUAUUGGACCUAGCAAGCAAAAUAUUAUCGAUGGCAGGCUCUUCAGGUGGUGCGUCUGUUUUGAAUUUGCAUACUGGUGCACUCUCUUAUAAGGAGCAGUUUGUUAAUGCAUACCGUGUACCAAAAGUGGUGGCUGAAUUAAAGCAAUAUCAAUUAGGGAUAUAUAAUUCUGUUAAAAAUAAAAUCAAAGAGGCUAUAGCAGAGCAAUUCGAAAUACCUGCCAGUAGUUUGUACUUAACAGAUCCUACAUUUUUUUCUCGGCUCACAAACGCGACUGCCAAAACAAUGAACGACGAAUAUUGGCAUGAGCAUGUGGAUAAGGAUACAUAUGAAUCUUUUCAUUAUACUUCUCUGCUCUAUUUGAAUACAUAUCAAAAAGAUUACAGAGGUGGUCGAUUCAUUUUCAUUGACGGCAAUGAUGACAAUCCAACUAAGUCAGCCAUUGAACCGAAAAAAGCUAGAGUGAGUGCUUUUACAUCAGGUGCAGAAAAUCUACAUCAUGUUGAACAAGUCAUAGAAGGGGAAAGAUAUGCCAUUACGAUUUCAUUCACUUGUGAUCCCGAUCAGGCGAUACCAGACCUACAGAUUAAAAAUUAUAACUGAAGCAAAUAAUUAGAGGCAAUAUAAUAGAUAUAUAUAUAUACAUAUGUUCUUUUAAAAACAAAUCCAUAAAAAACUUGUAAAGUUCACAUAAAUCACUUACACAAAUGUUUUUUCGAGUUUUGUAGUGUUGCAUUUAAAAGAAAACUGAGUAUUAUUUUUAUCAAUACUUUUUAUAUCCUUAAAGUGAAACAAUUUAUUUUUAUCAUAAUUUUACAAAUAUAGGCUAAUAGUAAAAUGUAAUUAAUAAAGAAUUUUCGAGCUCAAUGUAA